CCGCGCCCCCCGCCGGCACGCAGGGCGGCCUGGCCGCGCGGGGGCGGCCCCCAGCGCGGCGCUUCAUGGAGCGGCCCCGGCCCGGCCGCCGGGGGCAGCGCGAUCCCGCGGGGCCCUGUGAGCCCCCAGCGCCACGGCACCAUGUUGCUGGUUGAGAAGACGACAGACUCACCGGCGGCCGAGUUCUCGCUGGUGGAGGACGUGGCACUGCACUUCGCCUGCUUGAUGGGCCGCCUGAACGAGCAGCGCCUCUUCCAGCCUGACCUCUGCGACGUGGACCUGGUGCUGGUGCCCCAGCGCAGCGUCUUCCCGGCACACAAGGGCGUGCUGGCCGCCUACAGCCAGUUCUUCCACUCACUCUUCACCCAGAACAAGCAGCUGCAGCGCGUGGAGCUGUCCCUGGAGGCGCUGGCCCCCGGCGGCCUGCAACAGAUCCUCAACUUCAUCUACACCUCCAAGCUGCUGGUCAACGCGGCCAACGUGCACGAGGUGCUCAGUGCCGCCUCGUUGCUGCAGAUGGCCGACAUCGCUGCGUCCUGCCAGGAGCUGCUGGACGCCCGCUCCCUCGGCCCCCCCCCCAGCGCCGUGGCCCUGGCCCCGCCGGCCGCCGGCUGCACCCCGGCCGCGCCUCCCUACUACUGCGACAUCAAGCAGGAGGCGGACGCCCCGGGCCUGCCGAAGAUCUAUGCCCGCGAGGGCCCCGACCCCUACUCCGUGCGUGUCGAGGACGGGGCAGGGACCGCGGGGGGCACAGUGCCUGCCGCCAUCGGGCCAGCUCAGCCCUUCUUCAAGGAGGAGAAGGAGGGUGGUGUCGAGGAGGCCGGCGGACCCCCUGGCAGCCUCUGCAAGCUGGAGGGUGGGGAGGGCUUGGAGGAAGAGCUAGGGGCUUCUGGCACAUACAGCCGCCGGGAGCAGUCCCAGAUCAUCGUGGAGGUGAACCUCAACAACCAGACUCUGCACGUGUCCACGGGGCCCGAGGGCAAGCCAGGCACCACCACGGGCCCAGCCACCAUGGUGCUGGGCCGGGAGGACGGGCUGCAGAGACACUCGGAGGACGAGGAGGAGGAAGAGGAGGAGGAGGAAGAGGAGGAAGAGGAAGAGGAGGGUGGCGGCAGUGGAGGGGAGGAGGAGGAGGAGGAAGAGGAGGAAGGUGGCAGUCAGGGAGAGGAGGAAGAUGAGGAGGAGGAAGGGCACAGCGAGCAGGAGGAGGAAGAGGAGGAGGAAGAGGAAGGGCACAGCGAGCAGGAUCAAGAGAGCUCAGAGGAGGAGGAGGAAGAAGAUGAGAGCGGGGAGGCGGGGAGCAGGCAGGGGCCUGCGGGGCGGCGGGGCAGCAGGGCCGAGCCCCCUCCCCACAGUCGCAUGGCCACGCGGUCUCGAGAGAACGCCCGGCGCCGAGGCCCCCCUGAGGCUGAGGAGGCCAGGCCACGGGGCGGGAAGAGGCCCAAGCCCGCUCCAGGGGGAGCCUCUGCAGCCUCCCGAGGGCCGCAGGCCGCCGACGGGCUGGGGGCCAAGGUGAAGCUGGAAGAGAAGCAGCACCACCCGUGCCAGAAGUGCCCUCGCGUCUUCAACAACCGCUGGUACCUGGAGAAGCACAUGAACGUGACCCACAGCCGCAUGCAGAUCUGUGACCAGUGUGGCAAGCGCUUCCUGCUGGAGAGCGAGCUGCUACUGCACCGGCAGACGGACUGCGAGCGCAACAUCCAGUGUGUGACAUGUGGCAAAGCUUUUAAGAAGCUCUGGUCCCUCCACGAGCACAACAAGAUCGUGCAUGGCUAUGCAGAGAAGAAGUUCUCAUGUGAGAUCUGCGAGAAGAAGUUCUACACCAUGGCCCAUGUGCGCAAGCACAUGGUUGCCCACACCAAGGACAUGCCCUUCACCUGCGAGACCUGCGGGAAGUCCUUCAAACGAAGCAUGUCUCUCAAAGUGCACUCGCUGCAGCACUCUGGGGAGAAACCCUUCCGAUGUGAGAACUGCAAUGAGCGCUUCCAGUACAAGUACCAGCUGCGGUCCCACAUGAGCAUCCACAUCGGCCACAAGCAGUUCAUGUGCCAGUGGUGCGGCAAGGACUUCAACAUGAAGCAGUACUUCGAUGAGCACAUGAAGACCCACACAGGGGAGAAGCCGUACAUCUGUGAGAUCUGUGGCAAGAGCUUCACCAGCCGCCCCAACAUGAAGCGGCACCGGCGCACGCACACCGGCGAGAAGCCUUACCCCUGCGACGUCUGCGGCCAGCGCUUCCGCUUCUCCAACAUGCUCAAGGCCCACAAGGAGAAGUGCUUCCGCGUCAGUCACCCCCUGGCCGGCGACGGCCCCCCUCCCGGCCCAGGCCUGUCCCCCGCCCAGCCUCCGGCUCACACGCUACCCCUGCUGCCGGGGCUGCCCCAGACCCUGCCGCCCCCACCCCACCUGCCGCCCCCGCCGCCCCUCUUCUCUACCACAGCCACUUCGGGCGGGAGGAUGAGCGCCAACAACUGACUGCCGAGGUGCCCACGCGGGGCCUGGACCGGCGGCCUCCGGGAGGGACCCCGGCCCUCCCUCCUGCCUGGGGGAGGCCAGCAACGCCGGCCUGGCUCUGCCGCCCCCGCCUCCAGACGUGGCUGGACCUGUGCUGCUUGAGGCCCCUGACCGCGGGGUUGUGCGGGUGGAGGACACCUCACUCCCAAGUGCCCCCCUUUUCAGUGACUCCUUGAAGCCUUUGCUUUUUUUUUUUUUUGGAAGUGAAAGAAAAAGAAAAGAGGAAACUAUUUGCAGCACCCCCUCCAGGUGAGGGGGUUGCUGGAGGCGUGAGGUACAGCAGAGAGGGAGGGGCUAGGGAGCAGGUGUGACCGGUCACGCUGCUGAGACCUGAGCCAUAGGAGGUUGGCCAGGCAAGCCUGGGUCCGCUUCACUGACUCACCUCUGCCUCCCCUGUGCCCCCUAACUUGCCCCCUCCCUCAUCCUGGAGGCUUUGGGGAAAAGUUGGGGUGUCAGCCUCCCUGGAAGGAGUCGUGGAUCCCGUCCGAGGGCUGUGGACACUGAGGCAGGGGCUUGAGUGUGGAUGCCCAUGAGCGUGUUGUGGGGGGGGAGUGGCGAAGUGUGAAGGCUGCAGACCCAGCUUUGCACCGUGUGCAGUGGGGAAGGCAGGGGCUGGACCCCAGGCAUUUGCUCUCCCACCCACCACUCUGCCAGCAGGCACAGGGAUCCCUGAUCUGUACCAGGCAGCAUUGAGGACAUCCCCAGAAGCCACUGGGCCUCGGGGCUGGGGGCUAGGCCCUGGGUGGGCAGACGGGCUGGCUCCCGCAGCACCAGAUCCCAGGGGCUGCAGUCAAAGAGUCCCUGCAAAUGGGUGAACCCCAAGGGCAGGCCCUGAGAAGGAGGCGAUGUUUUAAGGUUUCAAGGUGCUAUCAGUGGGGCAGGGGGCAGGACCGCUGUUCACAGAACACCCGGAUCCUCACCAGCUGCCCUGGUCGUGUCUCCCACAUCAGACGUGAUGUGUGUGUGUCUGUCUCCAUCCCUGCUCUGAAGGCAGAGGCCUCAUCCUCUUCCCGGGCCUGGCCAUAACCCACACCAGGCUGGUGUCCAGCACCCCUGUCCUUCCUGGGCCUCUGCACCCUAGGCAGGGUGCCUGUAGCACUGUUGGUGGAAGGAGCUUACACAUUCAGGCCCCAGGGUGGGGGAUGGGGGUUCUGGGGGAGCCCCAGCCUGUGCCCGAUGCUUGCCCCCAUGAGGCCCAGCACUAAUAGGACACCCUUUUUUGUUGUCAUUUAACGUCUUUAUUCCUGCCUUGAAAAUGGGGAGGAAGAUUUCCAUAAGCUACGUGUUUCCUAGUUAAGCUCUUUCCUUUUGUGUUUAUACAGUUUUGUUUGUUAUACUCUGCACCUUAAAACCCCAUGACUACCCCCACACCACCACCUUCCCAAGCAUGGCUGGAGUGGGAAGAGGCCUAAGCCCAAGGGGGACAGUGGCAGGAGGCGGGGGGCACUGGGCCUCAUCAGCCCAAGGGCUGAGGGGGUCAGAACCCCUCUGACCUCCUUGUGAGGCCCAUGGCGCUGGGUGGGGGCUGGGGACAUUUUAAUCAUCAAUAAACGAAGCACUUUAUUCUGUACAGAUGUGGGCAGGUCCAAGAAGCCCGAGUGAUUUGAGGAUUUAAUAAUCCAAGCUACACAGCCCUGAUUGUUCUCUGGGUGCAGAGGGGGGCAGUGCCCUGGCCUAGUUGCAUUUGGGGCUGCGGCAGGAGUAGUGCAAGUCAGAGCCUCCAGACACACCCUCAGAACGGCCCUGCUGUCCUCUGCAGAGAGAAGGUGGGCCCCUGAGAGAGGAAGCCUCCCUGUCUGGCUCCCAGUUCUGCAGCUCCCUCACCCCAAGGCUGGGGGUUCUGGACUCCGGCUCUACUCUAGCUCCCUCUCCUGCACCCCUUGAUCUCUGGGCUUCCAUGAUGUCCUCAGGGUCCCCCUCCCCCCUGUUUCUUCCUCUUCCUUGCUAUUUCUAACCUCUGGUCCCAGUGCCUGGCAGCUCUUCACAGCUGGCUUACAUUUUCCCCAAAAAAGUUGAUCUCCCCCGAUGUGCUGUAGGUCGGGACCUCCAGGGAUUUCCCAACCCCUGUCGCUGACACCAUGGUUUUCCAUAGGGACUGGUGGACUUGUCACCAGCUAGCCCCACUACAGCCUUAGUGAGUGAGCCUGGGGGGUCCUGGCUAGGCCAGGUCCCUAUGAGGCCACCCUUUGAUAAGCAGAGGCUGGAGAUGGGUAUGAGGGGGAUGUGGUGUCGAAACUCUGUCCCAGGACUUGGGUUCCCUGUUCUAAUACGCCUCUCCUCUGAGGGCAGGGGUCCAGGCAGCAGGCUGGGCUCUGAUCAAAAUGGUCAUUAUAGCUGUGGGUGGGCACAGCCAAACCCUCUCCUGGGAGGCACCUGUCCCAGUGCGGACAGGAGCCCUGGUCCCUGGUGCUAAAUGCUCUCUUCCCCUUGGGCCAGUGUGGGUGGGAGCUCCUUUCCAGCCAGAUCACAAGGGUCUGAAGCAAUAAUGGAACCUCAGCAGUGCCAGUAUGUGUAGGGGUUCUUCUUUUACCAGCUUUUACAUUUACUUUUUACUUUUAAAACAAAUGAACAAGCACCUAGAUAUUGGAGUAAGGGGACUGGGGCAUCAUACCCACUUCCCAGGGCUGGAGACAGGGAAGGGGGGUCGGGAUCAUCACCUCCCGCUGGAGAUGUGCUGGGUGUGGGAAACCCCUCAGUCCAGAUGGACUUUUCAGCCCGUUUGGCCAGAACUUGGGUCUGAGACCUGGACCUGCCCACUCACCAGCUCCUCCUGGGCUGCCUGGUCUUGGGCCAGCUGGGGGUGAGCAGAGAGAUGAGGUGGGGCCUCAAGCUGGGGCUAGAGCUUCAGCCUCUGACCUUGGCAUGUGUGGCCACUGUAACCCUCACCAGGGGUGGUCACCGGUGGCAGAAUGGCUGUGCCAGGUGUGUGGACCCUUGAUGUCUGGGCCCCAAGUGCAUGGGGGGAUAGCAGGAGGGUGAGGACAAGAGUGAAGGGGAAUAAAGUCAGUACAACUGUCCCUUGGCCCAGCCUCUUUUUUACAUGUUGCCUGCCCUGACCACUGGCUGGAAAGACCCAGAUCAGAGCAAGGGAGCAGCUCAGCGGCAGGCCGCAUGAGUCACUGC